GAAUACGAAUUUCCAUAUAAGGAGCGCGGGUUCGCGCAUGCGUUCUGCGGCCCCGCGGGUGGAUUUCGCGGGAAAUUUGGCGGCACCGAGAGCGGAGAGGGCGCUGUUUUUGUUUUCCCGCCCGUGGUGCCCGGGCUCCUACGGAGUCCACUGGGAGGGGAGGGGGUGAGGCGGUGGGAGCCACCGCGGUGUUGGGGGGGGGGGGCGGUGUUGGAGAGUGUGUGAGGAAGCUACUGCAGUCGUGCGACUUUUUCGUUCGUUCGUGCCGAUUGAUUCGUUCGUUAAGAAUCGCCUCAUUCGAGUCGGGCACUGACGUUGGCGUACAACAGCCGCCGUCUCGGUCAAUAAGGCGGUUGUUUAAGUUCGUGUGUAUGUUACUGUCAUUUUAUUUAUUUUGUUCCAUAUUCGAGCGAGUUGUUGGCGUGUGUAUAUAUAUAGGGCGUCAACCAGCGCGACUUGCGUCCUACUGAAACAUGACGGAAUACACAAGCUUUGUCAUGGAGGGAAGCAUGGAGGACACUGACUUGGAGCACAGCGAGGAAGAGGAGGAGGACGAACCGGAGCCUCUAGAUCAUGACUACGAUGUUCCGCAGCAGCACGUGUACAAGCGCGGCUGGAGCAAGGCGCGAUGGACCAGAGAGGAGAUGCUGAUCGGUAGCGAUACCUUUCAGGAUGAGAGGCUGAAACAGUUGGCGGAGCGAUUCGGAACGGACGACUGGAAAUUUCUCGCAAACUACAUGCCUAAUCGAAGUGAUGCUCAGUGUAUCCACCGCUGGCAAAAGGUCCUGAACCCGGCUCUGGUGAAGGGGCCGUGGACUAAGGAGGAGGAUCAGAAGGUCAUCGAGCUUGUCAUGAAGUACGGUCCCAAGCGCUGGUCACUCAUCGCCAAGCAGCUCAAGGGUCGCAUCGGCAAGCAGUGUCGCGAGCGCUGGCACAACCACCUCAAUCCUGCGGUGAAGAAGUCGUCGUGGACCGAGGAGGAGGACCGCAUCAUCCAUGAGGCACACAAGCAGCUGGGAAACCGCUGGGCCGAGAUCGCCAAGCUGCUGGCUGGAAGAACCGACAACGCCAUUAAGAAUCACUGGAACUCCACACUGAAGCGCAAAGUGGAGCAGGAGGGCUACCUGCAGGAUUCUCCGUGGCCUCUGUGCCCUGACACCAAGUUUCAGUCCGACGCCUUCCCGGUCCUUGCACCGGACAGCCCCAGCCGCGAUGAGCAGGAUUCUGGAUGUGCAAUCAACCCGGAGAUGAGCACUAGGUUCAAAUCGAUUAAGACUGAGAACACGGGUGUUGUGGAGGUGGUCGACCUCAUCGACUGGAGUGGCGGUGCCGCCAUCGCCAACUUCAAAGACGCCAUGAGGCCGCUCGGUGUGGGCAGCCCCCGGUGUGAUCACACUCAGAAUUGGCCUGUCCACCAGGCCGGGGGAGCUAGCGCCGAGGCCACCACUCCGAUCAAGUACCUGGCCGUGGCCCAGCUCUCGCCGCUCAAGAAUGUGCCGGAGUUUGCCGAGACGCUGCAAAUGAUCGAUUCGACCAUGCUGCACGAUAACAGCUCGUGGAGCGAUAGCCUCAUGCUGGAGAUCCUGGGUGAUUCUGGGGUGGCGCGGGAAUGCUCCGCCCUGACGUCUUGCGUCGCCCCCCACCGUGACGGGCCCAGCUCGUCCAAAGUCUUCUCCCUGCACUGCCCGAGCAGCAGCAUUAGCAGCGGCAGCACGAGCGGCAUCGGCAGCACGAGCGGCAUCAGCAGCACGGACACCAGCGAAGCGGCGGAGCGCACGUCCCUCGGCGACGGCGGCCAACGUAGUUCUCUCGGCACGGGCGGCCUAGCCGUCGCCAUCGGCUGCGGUCAGGGCAAAGCCGACCCGAUCGCGUCGUCGGCUGCGACCGCCCGCUUGGCCAGCCAGCCCGCCAUCCUGCGCAGGGGGCGGGACACGACGCCGCGUGGCGAAGCGACGGAGGGCGCGAGCUCGCUCAGCUUUGGCAGCCUGGAUCUGAGCAGGACACCGCCGAAAUCGAACCGCCUGCACACCCUGCCCUUCUCUCCAUCACAGUUCUUGAACACGACGGAGCGGGAGAAGCUACAGAUGGAAACGCCGUCCCUUACGUCGACGCCCGUCUGUCGCCAGAAGCUCGCAGUCGGGACGCCGCUGCAGAGAGAGCGCACGCCUGGCCAGACCAAGCAAAACGGGUUCAGGACACCCAACAUCCGAUGCUCACUAAUGGAGACUACCCCAAGGACACCCACGCCAUUCAAAAACGCUCUGGCGGCACAAGAGGUGAAAUACGGACCUCUCAAGGGACUGCCGCGGACCCCCUCCCAUCUAGAGGAGGACCUCAGGGACGUGCUCCAGACCGUGUCGGCAUCCCACGAUGGCUUCACAGGCGACUCGGAGCACUCGCCGUCCCCCGCCAACAGACCCAGGCCCGAGGCAAGGAUGAUGAUGGGCUCUCCAGCCAAGAAGGCUCGCAAGUCACUUGUGCUAGACGUUUGGAGCAGCGACAAUCUGAACACCAAGCUCUUCCCUUGCGAGCCAUCGGUUUCACCUGGUGGAAGCCCCCUACGCCAGGCACGGGAGCUGCUGACGAGCUCUCUGCUCAUGCGUCCCGUCACCGGCCGUGCGGGGGACUCGCUGCAGGGUCACGAGCGGACCCCCUGUGUAGCCCGGCCACUCGGGCUGCCCUCCUCCAGCGCCUACGAGGGCCGUACGCCAAGAGAGGGCAGGGGUCAAAUGAACAGCGACUGGGAGGUGGUGGCAUUUGGCAGAACGGAAGAUCAACUUUUACUGACUGAGCAAGCCAGAAAAUACAUGAAGCUGCUAGCCGCCAGGACGCUAAUAUUAUAGCUACUUGUCGGGGAACUAUGCACGGGUACAAUGUUAUAGUUUAUAGUUGCUUGGGAUGCUAUGGUCAGGUAGACGAUGUCCUCUCUGAAUGUCUCCUCCCAUGCGGAGUGGUGAUGAUGAUGAUGAAGUCAAGACCCUUCCUUACCCCCACACCCUAGGGCUUUCCAACUGGAGCACGGGGUCGUAAAUUCAGAGGUCGCCGAUUCAUUCACCAUGCUUGGCAGUUGAAACAUUGAGCAAAAUUAUUAAAUCCACCCCCUCUCCACUUUUCAUCCAGCAGCAUAAUAGGUACGCCAGUUAGUCGAAUGGCAGGUUGUGCAUGGUGAGGUAGGGUGUCGGUCCUCCCACCUCUUCGAAGACACCCAGCCAGUGUAGAAGAGUAGGACAAAAUACUCCUAUCGAUGCUCUCCAAAGGCUCCCUGGAGGGGCUCUAGAGCUCCCUUAGUGGGGGCCCUUCUGUCAGCAGUGAUUUGAGCACGAAAUUGCAGGACUUUACCUUUUACAUAAAAUUACAGUUGCUUAAGUAUCAACUAUAAAGUUUGAAUUUUACAUAGUAAAGUUAGUGACUUAAUAAAACUCAACGUAAAAUUACCUGGGUUUACGUAUCCUAAGUCACACAUUGAAAAGUUUCUAUGUUACAAAGAUUUGCCUUCUUGACUUAAAGCUUUCGUGACUGCAGGAAUUCAUAUUAUUUUGGUCUUUCGGCAAAGUCUCGUAGAUGGUUCAAAGAAAAUAACAAAAAUCUACGACGUUUCGAUCAC